AUGCCCGCUCCAACAGACGUCAGCCAGCUUCGCGCUUUUCUCGGACUCAUCAACUUCUACGGCAAUUUCGUCAAGGAUCUGCACGAUCUUCGCGCUCCGCUAGACGCCCUUACGAAGAAGGAUGCUGUCUACAAGUGGUCACCGGAGUGCAAAACUUCCUUCAACAAGAUCAAGGCAACACUCAGCUCGGAUCUCCUGCUGACUCAUUACGACCCGGCUCUACCGAUCAUC